GCAAAGCGAAAGCAAAGCAGUCUCGAGGCAAGCGACCAGAUGAAGAGGAGAACCAGAAAGGAACGAAACGCGAAAAGGAUGCAGCAGCUGAGACAGCAGCUGCUGGGAAGGAUGAUCCGGAGCACGAGCAGGAGGACAAGGAGGAGGACCACGAGGAGAACGACGACCCAGAAGGGCCGAAGGCCAAGAAGCCGAAAAAGGAGGGUAAGUUGGUGAUCGACCUGCUGCCGGAGCUGAUGCCGCUCCAGAGCAUAGGCUUGGUUUUGCCAACGGAGGCCGAGCUGAAGCAGAAGUGCUUUGGCAGCAUUUUGAGCUACACUAUGAAACGCGCGGGUGCCCCGACCACCAUUGCGAUUCAGAAAGGCUCCAUGUUUUACUUCAUGACCAGUGUGGACCCGUAUGUCCGCAGCAUCCUCAAGGUGAACGGUGCAGCUUGCACGCAGAUCACGUUUCAAAAGUUCGGUGCCGAGUAUGGCUUCAGACUUGCCAUGAUCCUCUCUGGGUGGAUACCAGUGGGGGAGCUCCCGCAACCCCUUCCUGAUCCGAGCAACGAAUCCGAGUUUGGAGCAUUGCGAGAGAUGGUUCGCAAUGCCCGCUUUCGGCAGUGCUGA